AUGGCUGCCGGCAACAUGUACGAACCGACUCCAAACCUUCAUCGUUUGAGCAGACAUAGCAUCCAAGAUCGAUAUGAGUCAGAUGAGGAGGCCGUAUCUGAAUCGGACACAGGCACCCAAGAUCUACUUUCUUCGCCCGUAGGCUCACGAGCCGGAAUUUAUGAUUCAGAUCUCAGUGCCGACGAUAAUUCUCUGGACCCUGAUUCUGACCGGGAUGAACAUACUCUGGCUCCCCCAAUAGUCAAACGGCCCCGACCCGUCUCUACUGCUACCAUUAAGAGAAAUAGCACUGCAACCUUCGACGAAGAUACGUAUGUGUUUGAUCCGGAGGACCAGAUGAUCUUCGAACUUCCACCGUCAGAUUCGCCGCCUCAACUGGCAUCUAGCACUUUUCUACAGCCAUCGAUAUACGUUUGGCCAAAACCACAGCCGGCCACCUCAAGAUCUCGCUCUACUUCACCCUCGUCGGUCUAUUCAGUAGACGAGGCAGAUAUUGAGGUUGCAAAGCAAGUGACGUUCAUGGAGCCCCGAACUCGUCCUACCCUGGUCUUCAUCAACACUCUGGGGUCACGAUCAAAGCCAUCAAGAUCUCGUUCUACCCAUUCCCGCUCCCGGGAAAGCAGCCGUAACCGCUCUGUGCAUGUCAAGACCGACAAGUCACCACGAUCCGAGAAAAGCAGCGUGAAACAGACCAAGUCAACUCCAACAGACCUGGAAGAUACCCAGUUCGCACCCAGCGCAACCAUAAACCACGUCUCCGAAAUCCCCUCAAUCCUCUAUUUCCCAGCACCACCACGCACACUUCCAUCCCAGAAUCGAAGACCCCAGACCUCAGGCGCGGAAAAACCAAUCCCACCACCGCUAACCCUGCGCUGUCGAUCCCCCUCAAUGCGCAGCACAAGCGGGAACAGCGUCUACUCCUAUACCUCCCGCCCAUCAACACCCUUCUCCGAGGACACGGGCCCAUUCAACACAAAUCACGGCGACCGUCUAGCCGGAGCUUACAGCCCGGCUUCGGUCUCAUCCGCCUCACCACCGCCAUACAUCUCCACCAAGCGCAGACCAUCAACAUACAGCGUAUCGAACAUGCUGGCAAGUCGCUCGCCACUAAUGAUGCGCCGCAUGACAAGGAAACAGUCUUCCUCCAGCGUCAAUUCUCUCAGUAGUCUGCGUUCAGAGGUCGAUGUCAAUGGGCCCUCUUCGUCACAGAUCUCCGUCGCUACUCAGCCUGCUGAUUCCCAUAUCGUGCGGAAGUCCAGCCAGCGUCGUCAUUUACGGCAUAAUAGCGUUGUGCCGAGGGGGUUUAUGGGGUUGAAGUUGGGGAAGAAGGCGCAUGCUAAGGCUUAG